AUGGGCAGGAGCAAGGGCAAAGCGCCCCAGCGCCCGGAGGGAUCCCGGAGGCCCCCCUCGGGGGAGCAGGAAUCCGGGUCUGCCAGCGCAGAUAGCGCGCCGAGCCGGGAACAUCGAAAGGGCCACCGUAAGGCCCACAGAGAGCCCAGCGCCAGGCGAGGCCAGGAGCCCCCCAGUGCCCACAGGAAGCCCCCUGUAGGGGAGAACGGGAACUGCAGACGGGCAGAGGCAGGGCCACCGCCGGAGGCCGAGGGGAGACGAGGCAGCGGGCACACCCGUGGGGGAUACCUAGCUAAGGAGAGCGACAAGCCGGGCGACGGCCACAGGGAGCGCAUGGAGGAGAAGGGUUUCCUCCCGGGAGGGAGGACACGCGAGCGCUACCGCCGCAAAAGGAGAGGAAAACGACUCGGACCCUCGGCUCAGCGGGGCCGCCCAGAGACACGGAGCCUCGACGGGAAUACGUCGGGUGGAGACGGGGCCAGCUCCUGCCUGGACAGCGAAGCCCAGGAGGCCCAGGAGAGCCGCAGCCAGGGCGGUGGGACCCCAGAGCAGAGGCCCAGCUUGGAGCAAACGGACAUGGGCUCGGGGGGCACUCAAACCAGCGCAGAGUCGGGGCUGGAGGCACCAGGAGCGCAGUGGAACAGCAACGGCUCCAGCGGCAGCAACAAGCUCCCCUCGCGGCCCCAGAGCCCAGAAGGAUCGGCGGCGGCGAGGCCCCAGGGAGAGACCGAGGAUUCCGGGACAGACCCAGACUCGAGUCAGGAGAGGGCCAGGUCUGAACGGAGCCCCGGGGCAGCACCAGAAACGACCCUCGGGGCCCCUGAGGCCGGCGAGGCUGACCCAGGUAGAAAAGCCGCAGCUUCCAGCCCCGUGGAGGGCAGCCCCGCCUGCAUCCCUCGGAGCUCGUGGGGUUCUCAGGACCCCAGGCAGGGCGGGGAUACAAGAGAGGAUGGGGUGCAGCUCGAAGCUGAGCCGAGGGGCGCCCCGCCCGAAAAAGCCGAGGCCUUGACCGCCCGAGGUCAGCGCCGCCAGGUUGGAAAGGUGGUGGGGAAGUCGCAGGAGGCGGUGGGCGUGAGCGACGAGGGGUCUGGGGGUGACGGGCCCCGGGCCCCAGCGCCGCUGGCCGCCUUAGUGGCGCUCCGCAGGCUCCGCCCCAGGCCCCCGCCGGGCCCCGCUCCCCAGGCCGCCGGUCCCCGCCGCUGCAGCCUCAAGGACCGGCUCGUGCGCGUGGCGCGGGCCCUGGGAUUCCUGCGGUGGCUGCGGCUGCGGCUCCAGCGGCGCGCGGGGGGCGCGCGGGGUCCCGGGACCAGCGAGGGGACGAGCCGCGGGCCGGGGCCGCGCCGCCGCCGUCUAGCGCUGAGCCUGGCGAGCGUCGCGGGGCUGUGGGGGCGACCGGGGCCUCCCCCUGGCGGCGGCCCGAGUUCCCUGCAGGUUGCGAGAAGCCCAGCCCAAGACCCUUUGGGGGUUGAGGACCCGACUCCAGAUCCCAAGUUCGCCGUGGUGUUCCCCAGGGUCCACGGGGCAGGGAGUACCUCGAGCCGCGUGAGCUCAGAGGAAGGGUCCGCGGACGCCCCCGCCGGGGAGGGGCGCGAUUGGUCCUGUGAGGGGGCGUCUGCAGACAGUGCAGGGCGCAGGGCGAGUGUAGAAGGGGUGGCCGGGUCCCCCCGGGGCUCUCUCAGCCCGAAUCCCCACGAGGAGUCCCCCCUGGACGAGAGCGGCUCCAGCAGCGAAGCGGAGCCCGAGACCUUGGAAGCCGCGGCUCCGGUGCACUGGGCGCAGUGCUCAGACCCCUACGAGGACCCCGGGCUUGACACCGAAGCACUGCUGCCCCGACUCACCUUAGAGACCCGCCGGCGGCCGGAGGGGAGCCCUGGCCCCCGCGGGUCCCCGAGGGAUCGAUGGGAGCCAGAGGACGAGGUGGAGGAGGCGCUGGAGAGGGACCUGGAGCUGGGCCUCGCGCGGGGCCCGGGGGCGCCUCCCUUUCUUGGCGGCGCAGACGGCAGGAGCGUCGGGGAAGGUCUGGAAGACACUGAGGACCUGGCCCGGCUGUGGCCAGUCUGCGACAGCUCGGUGCUACUGUGUCUCAAGAAGAGGUUUCACCUGGGCCGAAUCUAUACCUUCGGGGGGCCCCUCCUGCUCGCUCUGAACCCCCGCCGAACCCUGCCUCUCUUCUCACCUGAGGUCCUGGCCAGCUACCGCCCUGGGAAGACCCCCAACACCACCCCACACAUCUUUGCCGUCAUGGCAUCGGCCUGUAGCCUGUCUGAGAGCACUGGGCAGGCCACCUGCAUCCUGCUGGGGUGAGUGGUGACGGAGCCCUCAGGCCAUGCUGAUGGGCACAGCGGCUCUGGGAAGACAGAGGCGGCCAAAAAGAUGGUGCAGUUCCUGCACAGCCUGGAGCGGGAGCAGACAAGGGAGAGAGGGUGUCGGCUGGACACCGUGCUGCCCCUCCUCAGCAGCUUUGGCCACGCCAAGACAGUCCUCAACACCAAUGCCAGCCGCUUCGGCCAGGUCCUGAGCCUCUGCCUGCAGCAGGGCACCGUCGUCGGCGCUUCUGUGUCGCAUCACCUGCUCGAGACCUCGAGGGUGGUGUUUCAGGGCCGCGCCUGCAGGCUCCAGGACAAGGACGAUGCCCAGGACUUCACAGGACUGGUGAAGGCCCUGCACGUGCUGGGCUUGUGCGCCGAGGAGCUGACCGCUGUCUGGGCUGUGCUGGCCUCCGUCCUGCAGCUGGGCAACAUCUGCUUUUCCUCGUCAGAGAGGGAGUCCCAGGAGGUGGCCGCCGUGUCCAGCUGGGCCGAGAUCCACGCCGCAGCCCAGCUGCUGCGGGUGCCGCCCGAGCGCCUGGAGGGGGCGGUCACCCGGAGGGUCAUGGAGACGCCCUGUGGCCAGGUCUCGAGAUCCCUGCCCGUGGAAAGUGCCAUUGAUGCCAGGGACACCCUGGCCAAGGCCCUAUACGCACAGCUCUUCGCCUGGCUUCUGAGGAGGGCCAACGCGCGGCUGGCGCCCCCUGCGGAGGCAGGCAGCACGGCUACCGUCACUGUCGUGGAUGUCUACGGCUUUGAGGCCCUGCGGGUCAAUGGUCUGGAGCAGCUGUGCAACAAUCUGGGCAGCGAGCGCCUGCAGCUGUGGCACCGCCGGCUGCUGCUGGCCCUGGAGGAGGAGGAGUGUCGGAGGGAGUCACUGGCCUGGGUGCCCAUCCCCCAGGCCCCGCAGGAGUCCUGCCUGGACCUCCUGGUAGACCAGCCGCACAGCCUCCUGAAUAUCCUGGAUGCCCAGACAUGGCUGUCCCAGGCCACGGACCAUACCUUCCUACAGAAGUGCCACUAUCACCAUGGCGACCACCCGUGCUACACCAAGCCCCAGCUGCCCCUUCCCAUCUUCACCGUGCGACAUUAUGCCGGGACUGUCACCUACCAGGUUCACAAGUUUCUGAACAGAAACCGGGAUCAUCUUGACCCUGCCGUGGUGGAAAUGCUUGCCCAGAGCCAACUCCAGCUGGUGAGCCGCCUGUUCCGGGAUGCAGAGCCUGAUGAAUUCAGGGGAGGACCAGGCAAACCCACGCUGGCCACUCGCUUCCAGAAGUCCCUGGGGGACCUCGUAGCCCAGCUGGGCAGGAGCCAUGUCUCCUUCAUCCAGUGCCUCAACCCCAAUCCAGGAAUGCUUCCAGGCCUCUUUGAUGUGGAUCACGUGGCAGAACAGCUGCGCCAGGCGGGCAUCCUGGAGGCGGUGUGUACCCGCGGCGCCAACUUCCCCAUUCGCAUGCCCUUCCAGGCCUUCCUGGACAGGUUCCGGGCCCUGGGGGCCGAGGGGCAGGGCGAGCUCUCUGACCGGGAAAGGUGUGGCAUCAUCCUGAACCAGGUGCUGGCGGCUGAGUCACCCCUCUGUCACCUGGGAGCCACCCAGGUACUGCUGCGGGAGCCGGGUUGGCAGCAGCUGGAGCAGCGCCGGGCCCAGCAGCACACCCAGGCCCUGCAGACCCUGCACCGAGGCCUCCGCGUCUGCAUCUCUUACCAGCGCCUCCGCCUCCUGCCGCGGAUGCAGGCUCGUGUGCGCGGGCUCCAGGCCAGGAAGCGGUACCUCGGGCGGCGGGCAGCUCUGGGGCAGCUGAACACCAUUGUGCUGGCGGCCCGGCCCCUGCUCUGGAGACGGCGGAGACCACAGCUUGGGCAUCGGCGCAGCUGGCACAGCGGCGGGGCCUUUGAGACGGUGCCAAGAAUGGAGCUGGGGCGCUUGGAGAUCCCGGCUGAGCUCGCCGUCAUGCUGAAGACAGCGGAAGGCCGUCAGCACGCCCGGGUCCAGAGCAUCACAGAGGCCAUGCCCCCGGAAGUUCCCGCCCGGCCCAGCCUGACCCUCCCGCCUGACAUCAACCAGUUCCCCUUCUCCAGCUUCAUCUCCAUCGGCUUUCAGGAGCCCUCCUUGCCCCAUCCUGGGCAGCUGCUGACCAAGCCCCUGACUCGGCUGAACGGUGAGAACCCUCAGCAUGCCCUGGAUAUCAACAAGGUGAUGCUGCGGCUGCUGGCGGAUGGGUCGCUGGCGCCCUGGCAGGAGCAGACCAUGGGCCAGUACCUGGUGCGGCAGGGGCAGCGCCGGCCGGGGCUGCGUGACGAGCUCUUCAGCCAGCUGGUGGCCCAGCUCUGGCACAACCCCGACGAGCAGCAGAGCCAGCGCGGCUGGGCCCUCAUGGCCGUCCUGCUCAGUGCCUUCCCGCCGAUGCACACCCUGCAGAAGCCACUGCUCAAGUUUGUGUCCGACCAGGCCCCCAGGGGCAUGGCAGCGCUGUGCCAACACAAGCUGCUGGGGGCCCUGGAGCAGACGCAGCUGGCCCCUGGGUCCGCACGGGUCCACCCCCCCACCCAGCUCGAGUGGACGGCCGGAUGGAGGCGGGGCCGCAUGGCGCUGGAUGUGUCCACCUUCAGCGGUGAGACGUCCUUCGGCUUCCGGAUGGUCACCCGCCUGGCUGACCACCCUCUCCUCCCUGCCCCUGUCUCGCCCAGAGGCCUGGAUGCGCCCCCGCGCGGCUGGUCUGUGUCACUGCACUGCGGGGACUCCUGGAGGGACUUGGCCGGCUGCGACUUCGUGCUGGACCUGAUCGGCCAGACGGAGGACCCGGGGGACCCGGCCUGGCCCCACAGCUACCCCAUCGCCCCCCGUGGCCGAGCUGAGAACAUCCCCCUGGCCCCCAGCGUCCAGGCCCCCUCACUGCCCCCAGGCCCCCCUCCGGGUCCAGCCCCAGCACUGCCCAGCAGGGGGCGUACAGGUGAGUCCCGGAGCUCAGGGAGUCUGGACGGCUUCCUGGACCACCUCUUCGAGCCGGUCCUCUCCCCCAGCCUCAGCGAUCUGGAGCGAGGCAGGGCUCUGAGUGGCCGCAUGAAGGGAGGGGGUGCCAUCGGGCCCAUGCAGCAAGGCAGCUACCCCGUGGUGUACCCAGGGAUGGUGCAGAUGCCCAGCUACCAGCCAGCCAUGAUGCCAGCACCCAUGCCCAUGAUGCCAGCCAUGGGGCCAGUCCCAGGUAAGAUUGGACUGUGGCCGCCUGCCAUGAUGGUACCACCACAGCCACAGCCCGUGCUUCCCAGCGUGGACGCCAGGCAGCUGGCGGCCCAGCAGCAGGACUUCAUCAACCAGCAGGCGCGGAUCCUGGCCCAGCAGAUGACCACCCAGGCCAUGACCUUGUCCCUGGAGCAGCAGGCAAAGCAACUCCAGAAGCAGACCCCUGCCCCUAGAGCAGUCUCCCCAACUUCACCUCCUCCGGCCAUCACCCACAAGCCCAAGAAGACACCCACCCCCCGGAAGGAGCCAGAAAGUGGCCUGGAGUUGGUAGGUGCCCGCCUGAGGGAGACCCCGCAGGAGGCUGAAGACAGGUGCCCACGGCCAAGGAGCUUCCAGCAGAAACGAGACUAUUUCCAGAAGUUAGGGCAGCAGCCGAUCACGGUGAAGACCAUGAAGCCUCCAGCCAAGGUGAAGCUCCCCCAGGCGGAGGUGCAGGACGAGGAGCCGGAAGAGGAGGAGCAGAGAGCAGGUGGUGAGGAGGCGGGGGGCAGGCUGGGCCUUUGCGGGUCUGCAUAGGGUCUCACGUCUUUCCUCUCUUCCUGGGCAGGGCUCUCACCUCCGCCUCCCCGGGUGGUGAAGAAGCCGCCACCACUGACGCGAGGUGCAGCCAAAGCUGAACGGGAGGCUGAGGCUGAGCCGGCCACGGAGGCAGGGCCUGGCAGGGGGCACAGGUCAGCCGAGGGCAGAGCCGUGGUGCAUAGCUCGGACCCUGAGCCCUGGCGGGCAGAGCCCAGCAGGGAGAUCCGCAACAUCAUCCGCAUGUACCAGAGCCGCCCUGGCCCCGUGCCUGUGCCGGUGCAGCCAGCGAGGAAGCCCUCCCAGAGUUUCCUGAAGAAAAACAACCCUAAGGAUGAGGCUCUGGCUAAGCUGGGGAUCAGUGGUGCCUCUUCGCCCCCGCAGACGCUGUCCCCCAGCCCAGGGAAGGCCCCCCCACCGGCCGUGGCCCCUCGACCCAAGGCCCGACCACGGCUGAUGCCCUCCAGCUCCAUCAAGGAGAAGCAGGGGCCCCUUCAAGAGCUGUUUGGCCAGAACCCACCCACUGCCCAGAAACUCCCGCCUCCGCCUGCACCCCCACUGCCCCCGCCCUGGGAGCCAGCGAGCCCUCCGGCUGAGCCCCGCAGCUUGGUGGAGCCCAUGGGGGACCAGGGGGUCUCCACCCAGCUGCUCGUGCCCUCAGGCAGCGUGUGCUUCUCCUAUGCCAGUGCCCCCUGGAGGCUGUUCCUGCGCAAGGAGGUGUUCUACCCGCGGGAGAACUUCGGCCACCCCUACUGCCUCAGCCUCCUCUGUGAGCAGAUCCUAAGGGACACCUUUGCUGAGUCCUGCAUCCGCAUCUCCCGGGACGAGAGGCGCAAGAUGAAAGACCUGCUGGGAGACCUGGAGGUGGGCCUGGACUCACUGGACACGGCUGAGGACGGCAUCAAGAAGCGCAUUGUGUUGGCCGCCAGGGACAACUGGGCCAAUUACUUCUCCCGCCUCUUCCCUGUCUCGGGCGAGAGCGGCAGCGAUGUGCAGCUGCUGGCUGUGUCCCACCGGGGGCUGAGACUGCUCAAGGUGACCCAGGGCCCCAGCCUGCACCCCGACCAGCUGAAGACUCUCUGCUCGUACAGCUUUGCUGAGGUGCUGGGCGUGGAGUGCCCGGCCGGCUCCACCCUGGAGCUGUCGCUGAAGAGUGAACAGCUGGUGCUGCACACGGCCCGGGCGGGAGCCAUCAAGGCCAUGGUCGAGCUCUUCCUGAGCGAGCUCAAGAAGGACUCCGGCUACGUCAUCGCCCUGCGGAGCUACAUCACCGACGACCACAGUCUCCUCAGCUUCCAACGUGGGGACCUCAUCAAGCUGCUGCCAGUGGCUACCCUGGAGCCAGGCUGGCAGUUCGGCUCCACCGGUGGCCGCUCCGGACUCUUCCCUGCUGACGUCGUGCAGCCAGCAGCUGCUCCGGACUCGUCCUUCUCGACAGAGCAGAGGAGCGGCCAGGGGCACAAGGGUCAGCUGCAGCGCAGAGAGUGGGAUAGGGCGUCGGAGUUGCCCACCCACCCCUGGAGCCAGGCGUGCAGUGACAACUCGGCCACCAGCCUGUCCCCCUCCGUGGCCUACGUCGCCCUGCCCACGGACUCCGACUACACCAUGAAGGAGUUUGCCCUGCGCUACUUCCGGAAACCCCAGACCCUGCCGGCCCAGACCGGUGGAGAUGCUGAGAAGGCCAUGGCCAGCCUGGUGCAGUACAGCAAGGCUCCCAUCCAGGAAUCGCUCAUCAGCUUCAGCGACGAGGACAUGAAUAGGCAAGCUGUGGAGAGCUUCCAGGCUCUGAUGCAGUUUAUGGGGGACCAGUCCAAGCUGCGGGGCAAGAAUGAGCUGGAUCUCCUCUACGGGUUGCUGAAGCUCUGCCAGGAGAAGGAGGAUCUCAGGGACGAGGUUUACUGUCAGGCCAUCAAGCAGGUCACAGGACACCCCCGGCCGAAACUCUGUGCAAGAGGCUGGCGCUUCCUCAGCCUCCUCACGGGCUAUGUCCCCCCAUCGAACACACUGAUGCCCUACGUGACCAAGUUUCUGCAGGACUGGGGCCCUCGCCAAGAGCUGGCCCAGAGCAGCCAGGAGCACCUCCAACAUACAGUCAAGUAUGGAGGGCGCCGGCGGCUGCCCUCCCCAAGCGAGAUGCAGGCCUUCCUGAAAGGACAAGUAGUCCACCUGGUCCUAAUUCACCUGCCUGGGGGUUUGGAUUACAAGACCAAUAUCCGCACUUUCACAGUGGCAGCAGAGGUGCUGGAGGAGCUGUGCAGGCAAAUGGGCAUCACGGACCCCCAGGAAGUGCAGGAGUUUGCCCUCUUCCUCGUCAAAGGCGACGGUGAGCUGGUCCGGCCCCUGUGGCCCCAGGAGUACCUCAACAGCGUGCUGGGGGGUCCGGGCGUGAGCCUGCACAGUCGGCGGCUCGGCUGGGAGACCCGGCUGCACUUUGACAAUCCCACCUACAUCAGCACCCACUACGGCCAGGUGCUGCGGGACUACCUCCAGGGGAAGCUGGGGCUCAGCCCCCAGGACGACGCCCGGCUCGCCAGGUUGGCGGCCUUGCAGCGGCUCAGCAGAAAUGAGGAGGAGCUCCCCUCAGAGCAAGACCUCCUGGGUUACUUGCCGAGGCAGCAGCAAUGGCAGAUGAACAUGGCCACUGUGAAGAGCCUGCUGGGCCGGGAACUGAGGCAGCUACAAGGAUGCAGCUCCCAGGAAGCGCAGAUCAGCUUCAUCAAGGCCGUGAGCGAGCUGCCCCUCUUCGGGUACACGGUCUACACGGUGCUGCGAGUGAGCAAUCCGGCCCUGCCCAGCCCCGGCCUCCUGGGGCUGAACCGCCAGCACCUCGUCCUCAUGGACCCCAGCUCCCAGGAGCUGUGCUGCUCCGUCGCCCUGAGGGAUCUGCAGCGGCUCCACCUGCUGAGCCCGCUGGAGGCAGAGGGCUCCCCUGGCCUGGAACUCAACUACGGCUCAGCCAACAGCCCCCAGACCAUCUGGUUUGAGCUUCCGCAGGCCCAGGAACUGAAGCACACCAUCACCUUCCUGCUGGACGGCAACCCUCCUUCCAGUUAGCGGCUGCGCUGCACCCAAGGCGGGGGGGGCAGAGACGGAGACGGGACCCCUCCCCGGCCCACAUCUCCGCUGGACAGUCUCCUCUGGGUGCAGUCAGGCCAGUCUGGUUUGGACUUCACUGCUUGGCUGUCCUGGAAUCCACUGUAGCACGGCCCACAGUGGGGUUGCUAUGGUGACUUCAACUGGGGAAGUGCUUCGAGCCUCACUCUGGGGUGGGCCUGCAGUGGGGACUGCAGGAACUCGGCUUGGGUGUCUGGGGGGUCACCCAGCCUGGGGGAGAUGUCCACUUGGGCC